AUAAGAAGAGAGAAACCCUAACCCUUCUCCUCCCUCUUUCCGCAGCAGACCAAGAUCGAGAGAGAGAGAAAUCUCCGAAGUAAGAAAUGCCUGCGGGACAUGGAGUGAGAUCUAGGACCCGAGACCUGUUCUCGCGUCCGUUCAGGAAGAAGGGGUACAUCCACCUGACGACCUACCUCCGCACGUAUCGCAUCGGAGAGUACGUGGACAUCAAGGUGAAUGGUGCCGUACACAAGGGCAUGCCCCACAAGUUCUAUCAUGGCCGCACCGGUAAGGUCUGGAACGUCACCAAACGCGCCAUCGGCGUCGAGGUCAACAAGCAGGUGGGCAACAGGAUCAUCAAGAAGAGGAUCCAUGUCCGCGUGGAGCACGUGCAGCCUUCAAGGUGCACUGAGGAGUUCCGCCUCCGGAAGUUGCAGAACGACAAGCUGAAGGCGGAGGCAAAGGCCCGCGGGGAGGUCAUCAGCACGAAGCGGCAGCCGGAGGGCCCCAAGCCUGGUUUCAUGGUUGAAGGGGCCACCUUGGAGACGGUCACUCCCAUUCCUUAUGAUGUGGUCAAUGAUCUCAAAGGUGGGUACUAAAUCAUAUGCUUUGUGGGCUAUCGGUAUGUUGGUUGAAAGAUUGCAGUCUUCCUUUUUAUUCGAGGUUUUUUGGCACCAUUAAAACAUCUUUAUCUAGUUUAAUUAAAUUGACGGUAGAUAUUAAGCUGAGGUUUUGUCAGGUGUUGUUCGGUCAGAUCAAACUGUUAAAAUUGCUUAGUUAUGGCUUUGCUAA